AUGUCGAAAAGGCCUGUGUCAAGCAUGAGUUCGCAGGAGGGGGAGGAGGAGGAGGCCAGCAGCACCUCUGCUAUUGAGCAACAACAACAACACAAGAAGGCUAAGGUAUCCCAUCAGGAGAAGGAAGAGGACGUCUUACACGGCCUCAAGAAGGGCAUGGAAAUUUUGGUCAGGUGGGAGCUGAUUGAUGACGAGGUUGAUUCUGACGAUCCUGAUGCUGUAUCGAGAGUAUGGUGGCCUGCAACGGUGGAGAGCAUCACAGCUGAUACAGGUGAUGCUAUCCUGAGCUAUACGGGGCACGGUGCUGAAUUCCCGGCAGAGACUGCCAAGGUUAGAGUGGAGCCAGACCAUACGCUGCGGGACAGCAAAGGGGUACCGCAGGAGUGGAAAGACGUCCCACCGUAUAAGCCAGGGGAGGAAAUGGGGGGUGAUGUCACAUGCCCUAGGGGGCACGCCUCGAGACUGUUGACUUGGGCAGCUAGAAGUGAAACGUUGAAGGCUGCUGGUGGCAAAGGUGAGACGAUGUGA